UCAUUUUGUCGAGUGCCAGUUGUGUGCGGACGUAAAGGCGCGCGCAUGUUCAAAAGUGGAAUUCGAAAUUUGAAAUCUACCUUUUUUAAUUUCUUUUUAAAAUAAUUCUUUUGACACCAAGGAGUUUGGAUUAUCAUUUUAUUUACUUAGUUUGUCUGUGGAUUUAUUUUUUACGUGUGAACUCAGUGCCGGAACCAAGUUGUGUGUGUGUGAGUUAAUGUGAAAGUUAGCCGAAGAAAACAGUGACGAUCUUUUUUUGCAAGUGUAUCCUACUUUUUGCCGAAAAACAGCUGUUUUGUCCUAAUAAUUCUUAUUGGUACCGACCGUCAGUCCACAUGGACAGGGCAGUGGUCACGUGAUGUGACAAAUGAUGUGACACGGCUGCAGCUCAACAAAAUGGCCGCCGGCACAAGAUGGCGAUCGAGGCGACUCGGCGCCAUCUUAUUCGCGAUACUGAUACAAGUUGUUAAUGGAUAUGAAGAAAUGUACACAAUAUCCCAGCUAUCACCAAAAUCGGCUGCAAAACACCUCCCCCCUGAUGUCGUAUUACAGACGAGUCGGACUGAAAACGUAGUGUUUAGAAUAGAACCCAGCCUUAUGGUAGAUGAAGACUUAGAACCGGAUACCAUAUUCAACAACGAAGAAAGAGAAGACCAUGUUAUAGUGGCCAGAUCUGCCGAUCCUGACAGAGAAUCCAGAUCCAUAAACAUAGAUGAUAUACCAUCGUCAAACAACGAAAUUGAUAAUCACAUAGAACUGCACAACAAAAGAAAGUACUACGAAAUCAGACCAACAAAAACCCUGGAUUAUUUACGGAGUAGUGACGAUGAGAUCUUUAUGUCCUCGGGAUUCGGGGACAGAUUAGAAUUCAGGUUUCCGGGGGAAGGGAAAAGGGUCCCGGUAGCGAGGGCACUGACGCUCCCGGGGCCCAGAGUCCGGCCUACUGCAGUGCAGCCGAUCUUUGCGACAGCCAACCUUAACCAGGGCCGGCAGAACACAGAGAUACAGAACAUAAUCACAGGUAUAGUCAAGCUUUUAAACGGCAACGUCAAUGUCCAAGCUAAUUCGCAGCUUCUUAAUGGACGACCCGGCAGACCGAUGGCUUCCAGAAUCAACAACCGCGGUCCUCCAAGGAUAUCUGAUCUGCCUCCACUAGAUUUCGACCUUCCAGUCACACCACCUGUUCAUGCUUAUCAGCCAACCAAAACUCCUCCGCCAUACCCGUUCGACAGACCUCCUUAUCAUGGUGUCAAUUUACCUGAGCAAAUUGUACCACCACUGACUCACAGGCCAGGAUUCCACAGGCCGAUGCCUCCGUGGCAGCGGCCUAGGCCAAGGCCUCCAACUAACAGACCUAAUAGACCUGGCCUGCCUAUGUACAAACCUCUACCACCGCUCCCUGCUGAUCUUCCAGACUUAGAAGAUAAGAAGCCAGAGGAAGAGAUAACCGUAAGCGAAAACGAAACUAGUCAUUCAGAGAAUAACAUACAUCACGAUGAUAAAGAGACUGUGCCUUUAUUGAACUUACCAGAGAACAACAGCACUGAGACUGAAGAAGAAUCAGAAUUGGAAGUAGAAGAAGAAGAACUAACAACUACACCAGAAACCACGUCAUCAACAACAACAACAACUACAACAACUGAAUCUACUACAAGCACAACCACAACCACAACGGAAAAACCAACAACAAAAACGACGACAACAGAAAAAACUACUGAAAAGCCCACAACACAGGUAACAACAGAACAAACGACAACCUCUAGUACGACAACAGAGAAACCUAAAACAGAGAAGCUUACAAAACCAGAGAAAGACAAAAAGAAAGAGACAAUUACUGAAAAGGAUAAAAUAAACAAAGAUAAAUACAAAAUUGUUGAUGAUAAACCAGCUAAACCUGUCAGAAAUGAGACCAUAGAUCAGCCUAUUAUAGAGUCUUCGUUAGUGGAGAUCAAAACGACUUCCACGUCAUCUUUGGAAGCUCCUACUCCUACCGAGGGUCUGAUAAGCCAUUCUCCUACUCCAAGCAACUCGGCGAGCUCGGUGGAUAUUGUCAAGACGUCUUCUAUCAACUCCCAGCCGUUGCCAUCGUCCCAAGGAAUCCCCUACCAUCCAUACCGGCCUCGUCCCGGUAUAGUGCUGGAUGACACCGACUUCAAGCCCCACGGGUCGAGGCUUAGACCUUCAGAAGUGUCCGUCAUUACUGCCCCGGAGACCAGGCUGCCCCCGGGGUAUGGGGAGAUAUUCGACGUGACGCUGACUGCUAUACAGGGGCCGGGAGAGAAAGGAGCCACGGUCCACAUCGAGAACGUGCACCCAAUAUCUGGGCACGAAGACGAUGACGUCAUCUUCUCAGCGUCAGGAGACCAGGGCUUCGUGUCCAUCGACGGCAAGAAGACAUACCUCAACCUGUUCGAUAGCUCCACCGUGGGAGUCAGUGUCAGGCCUACUAGGGUGCAGACCGUUCCUCAACACUCUGUGUCAGGAAACCAGGGCUUUGUGUCCAUCGACGGCAAGAAGACAUACCUCAACCUGUUCGAUAGCUCCACCGUUGGGGUCAGCGUCAGGCCCACUAGGGUGCAGACCGUUCCUCAACACUCUGCUCCACCACCAUUACCACCGCCGCCGCUCGGCCAAGGCGUAGGCACGGGAGUGGCGAUACCAGCCGACGAUAUACCGCUGCCCCCACCACCGCCAAGGAGGCCUACCCCCUCUCAUAGACCGCAGCAGCCGUAUAGAAGACCGCAGCCCACCGUCAGAAUCGACACGUGCAUCGUUGGAGACGACUCCACCUGCGACCAAGCGCAGAACGAGAAGUGCAGGACUGAAGCAGGCAUAUCCAGCUGCCAGUGCCGGCCAGGAUACGCGCGGCGCGUGCAGCGCGAUCCAUGCCGCCGCGUCGUGGCCCUGCUCCUCAACCUCAGGGUCGACAAGUUCUACGAGAGGAAGGUUGCCUGGGAUGCGAAGCUAGCAGACAAAGACUCGGAAGCGUAUCAACUUCUCAGCUAUGAAGCGUUGAAAGCAAUCGACUCAGCCUUCUCAAUGACUCCAUUCUCCGAUGACUUCGUGAGUGGCUCCGUGAACUCCAUCCACAAGGGAGAUGAGAACAACCAAGGGGUGUUCGUCAACUACACCAUUUUGAUGCAAGAGACUCCGGAGACUCUCCGGCCGGCGGUAGCCACAGACGUCCAGAAGCACCUUCUGGGCGUGAUCCGGCGCCGCUCCAACAACGUCGGCGCCUCCAAGCUGUUCGUGGACUCGCCCGCCGGCAGCGUGCUGCCUCUCACAGACGUGGACGAGUGUGCUUCUCCAGAGCUGAAUGACUGUCACGAGCUGGCCACCUGCACCAAUACUUUCGGAGGAUUUAGAUGCGCAUGUCCCGAUACGACGCUAGACGAGUCAGCGGGAGUAGCACAUCGCGCCGGCCGAUACUGCCGCGCUUGCGCCGCUUCACACUGCAACGAGCGCGGCGUGUGCAAGUACAGCAACAACCAGCCUUACUGCAGCUGUUCUUCAGGGUACUACGGGUCGACGUGUGAGGUUGACGGCGAAGUGGUAGGCGUAGCAGUGGGGGCUUCCCUCGCUGCCGCGCUUGUGAUCGCGCUGACACUCGCUGCCUUGCUGUCUUGGAGCCGCAAGUGGUCCCGCGAGCAGAAGGCCAUGGGUAUGGGGUCGCCGGUGUUCAAUUACAUGGCGGCCAACACCAUCAAGACGCCGCCGGUCGGCCAGCCGCCCUACCAGGUGACAUUGGAAGAAAGGAUGAGGUGGGCGCAGAUAGCAGAAGCUAUGGCGCAAGCGCAGGCCAACCACUAUGCGACGGAAGCUCAGACGAUGGCGACGAGGCCGUCAUCAGCUCUUUUCGGAGGGUACCCUACGCUUCCACCAGUACCCAUGCCCAGGAUGGGUUUACACGGCAGCCACCACACUGGAACAUUGAACACGGUGGCUUCCCGGGCUAAUACAGCUGCAUCUCAACACAAUUUGUAUGGCUAUACCAACCACAUGGCGACGGAGUCCACCAGCUCGGAAGCGUCCAGCCACGUGCAGGAACGAGCGGAUCUACUCGUGCCGCGGCCCAAGUCUAGGGCUAGGAGUAUGCACAACCAAACAGGCAUAUACUACGACGUAGAGUAUGAGAACGCGCCAGAAGCGAUAUACGGGACGAAGGGCAUUCCUCUCUCUACCUACACUGUGAGUAGGGGGCCUCCCUUCUACAGAUAGAGGUAUUUGUAGGUAAAACAGCCUAUGCGUAAGGAAAAAAUACUUGAAUGAAAGUACUGGCCUUUUCAAGAUGAAAAAAAUUUUAAAACACAUGAUGAGAAGCCCUUGAAUUUGAGGCCCUUCUUUCUGCAGAUACAAGUUUAUUGUAAGUAUAUUGGCCUUAAAAGAAAAAUAUUUAAAAACCUCAUUUAAAAUAGACCAGUAUGCUUACAAAAACUAUUAGUGGACGAAAAUGAAGGUAAAUUAGAGGAAAUCCUAUGAUUUUUCACUAGUAUAUUUUGAAAAAAAAAAAUGUAGAAAAGAAAUUUAAUGUGAAUCUGGUACUGAAAAUUAAAAAAAAAAGUUUGUAGAUUUGCCACACAGUCAACUCGUCACAGAGAAAAUUAUGGUUUUGGGAAAAUCAUGGUUUUUAUCACACUUCAUGUAUUUUUCGUGGCAAGUAUUCGUUGUUAAUGACGAAUUUACUUAAAAAGUGUGACGAAUUAACAAUAAUAUUUGUAUUGAAAGAUCUGAAUAAAGUAAGUAGCAUUUGAUUUUGUGGAUAAUGAUUUUGUGGAUAAAAGUAAAUUAUUUUGGUGUUAGUAUAAACUUAAAAAAUGUUUAAAUUUAGCUGUAUAAUGUAAUAUAAAACAAACAAAAACACUUUUGCAUUUAAGAGGUUUAAACAUAUUUUUUUACUUGGAUUAUAUAAAUUUAAAAUGUACAUAAGACUGCUUUCAACGACUUUUUGUGAUUCUUUGAUAGGUUUUUAAAAUAUUCUUAAAUUAAUCGCAUUUUUUAAAAUGCAUACCGUAGUAUAAUCGGGAUGUAAUGUAAUCGUUAUGUAGUUGAAUAUAAUUUUUAUAUAAAAAUAUUGAAAAUGUUUAUCAACAAACAAGAACCACAUGGUGCCUUUUUGAAAUUGCAUAUUAAUGUAAAUAUAUUUUCAUCAAUUCUCUUAGUACGUGUUUAUUUUGAUUUGAGGGUAGAGAAAUGCUAAAAUUUCAUGGUAAAAAUUCCAUCAGAAUCAUUUUAUGCCGCUUUUUUCACACGUCAACAUAUUUAUCGAAUAAAAAUAGUCAUUUUAACAUAAAAUAUUAUGUAGAAGAUGCAUUUCAUUGUACAUUAAAUGAAGGUUUAUUAUUAAGUUUAGGUAAAUGUCAAAACUAUACUUUUUGAUGUUUGUUUUACCCUGUGUAUAAGUAAUGGUAAGGUUGUAACAGUUAUAUAAGUUUUAAAAAUAUUGUUUAUAUUUUAAUAAUAAAUGUAUAAAGACUAAAA